AUGGACAUUCAGAUGAAAGCUGGUUGUGAAUUACGCGUUGAGAUGCCACCCGAUGCCAAAGCUAAGUUCGUGGUUGUUGAGAACACAGCUGAAGAAAAUGGCCAAGAGCUCUUACUUGGUAAAUGGUAUACAGUAAAAGACGAUCUCUUCUUUAUCUUCACCUAUACCGGCUGUAAGCUUAAACUAGCUAUUGAAGGCGGUUCUUACUACAUCUCAGAAGACUCUAAUAUGCCCUAUAUAUUCAAUAUGUUUACGGCUUUUUGGCGGCUGCAUAAGAAACGUCUCUUAAUUGUUGGUAAUGGCCGCACUACUCUAUCCAGUAUCUUAUCUAACUACUUCAUUCGUAAAGGCGAGAAGGUUCUUUGUCUUGAUUUAGAUGUGUAUAGUGGAAGUCUUCUCUUCCCAGGCACUAUUACUUCUGCCGUGGUGCAAGACGUUUUCAGCCAUGUUGAGCCUCUUUCUACUACUGAGAAGCUUUCCUUCUUUUAUGGAUCGGCUUCGGCUACUGAUAAUACUGACUUGUACACGCUCUUACAAGGAGAAAUGCUUGCUGCUUGCCGUAAGAAGAACUUCACUGGGCCAACUAUCAUCACUACCCCUAAAGGGGCUAGCAAGCAGGAAAUAGAAGCUAUCCUUGCCCAGUAUCCAGUAGACUAUCUUAUUGUGGUUGGGAAUGAAAAGCUCUGUCACCAGAUCACUGCUGAGAACAAAGUCUAUAUUCCGGCCUUCCCUGGACUUGUCCGUCGUGAAACCGAACGAAGACAUAUUCAAAUCUCAGCUCGUAUUAAGAAGUACUUCUAUGGCGAACAAGCUGAAUAUAAUCCUUGCAUUAUUACUAUUCCAAUUACUACGGAAGACGAUCCAGAGACCAAAGGCAACGAGCAUCAAUAUCGUAUUGUUCAGGUUGGCGAUGAGUUCAUGGCCCCAAUGUCCGCUCUUCCCCUGGGAUCAUCUCGUCGGAAGAACUCCACUGCAGUUAUUGAUGUUGAACCUAUUGAAGGGGCCGUUCUUGCUAUUUCAUCGGCCAAAAUCAUUGAUGAAGUUCCUAGCUCGCCGGCCAUGGGAUUCCUUCUGGUUCUUAAAGUCCAAGAUAAUGAGGUCAAAGUUCUCUGUCCCCAACCUAAAUGUCCUCUUAAACCCUUCUUGGUUCAAGGCAAGAUCCGCUUCCUAGAGUAA